GACUGCGGCAAGGGCUUCACCCACUCUACCAGCCUGCUGCAGCACCAGUGCACCCACACUGGCGAGCGCCCCUUCACCUGCGCCCAGUGCGGCAAGGGCUUCACCCAGGCCAGCAACUUGCUGUCCCACCAGCGCACCCACACUGGCGAGCGCCCCUUCACCUGUGCCCAGUGUGGCAAGGUCUUCACCCAGUCCAGCAACCUGCUGCAGCACCAGCGCACCCACACCGGCAAGCGCCCCUACACCUGCACUCAGUGCGGCAAGGGCUUCACCAGCUCCACCAGGCUGCUGGAGCACCAAUCAACCCACACCGGCGAGUGUCCCUACACCUGCGCCCAGUGCGGCAAGGGCUUCACCCGCUCCACCAGACUGCUGUCCCACCAGCGGGUGCACGCCGGCGACCGUCCCUUCCCCAGCCCGGUGUGUGGAGAGCACUUUGCCAGGGACUCCCACGCCCUGUCUCACACGCGCGUGCACACCAGUGGCCAGCCCUAUGACUGCCUGUACUGCGGUGAGGCAUUUGACAGCUCGCGGGGGUUGCGGCAGCACCGGCGGACCCACGCCGGCGAGCAGCUGCUCCCACUGCGGCAAGCGUUUCAAGAGAGCAUGGGGGCUGCCGGAGCACCAGCAGAUACACACCAGAGAGAAACCCUUUGUGUGCACUGAGUGUGGCAAGUGUUUCAUCCGCAUGCCCAGCCUGUGGCAGCACCGGCGUACCCACAGCGUUGAGCGUCCCUUCCCCCUACCGGCGUGUUUACACCGACCAGCGCCCCUUUACCUGUCCGCUCUGUAGCAAGGCCUUUGCCCGUUCCACCAGCCUGCUGGCACACCGCCAUGUGGAUAGGCGCUGUUUAGGUAAACACAGAAUGCUGGAAGGAAUGGGUAAGGUUUCGGGUCGUUUCUUCAGUGACCCAUUCCUUCUCUCCAGAGAUGCCUGUCCCGCUGAGUUACUCCAGCAUUUUAUGUCCUUUUUUGUAAACCUGCAUCUGCAAUUUCUUUUUAAACCAUUCUGGUUAACCAUCUCUGCACCUUCCCCAAAGCCUCCACAUCAGUCCUGUAAUGGAGUGACCAGAACUGUAUGCAAUACUCCAAAUGCUACCUGACC